UACAGCUGAACAUUCCAAGGCUUCCACUAUGUCGGGCAGACCUUUUGAAAGUCCUCCUCCUUAUCGACCUGAUGAAUUCAAACCUUCACAAUAUGCACCAAGCAAUAAUACGUACGGUGGUGAAUUCCAUUCUCAGCCCAUGUUCUCUCAGCCUGCAUAUUCCUACUAUCCGGAAGAAGAAGUGCAACACUUCUACAAAUGGACAUCCCCUCCAGGAAUAAUCAAGAUCAUGUCACUACUCAUAAUAGUGAUGUGUAUUGGAGUCUUCGCUUGUGUUGCCUCCACAUUGCCUUGGGACCUGGACAUUUAUGGAGGUUCUCUGGGACCUGGAUUGACUGGAAGCUAUGGAGCCUAUGGAGGAACAGGCUUUGGAAGCAACUAUGUUGGUUAUGGUGGAGCCGGUGGCUUUGGAAGUUAUGGUGGCUAUAAUGGUUUAUAUAAUUAUGGAGGGAAUUACAUUGAUCCGCGGGGAGCAAAAGGCUUCAUACUAGCAAUGACAGCUUUUUGCUUUAUUGCUGGAUUGGUGGUUUUUGUAACUAGCAUUACCAGGACCAGCAUGGUUAGGACAAGGAAGUAUUAUCUUCUUGUGAUAAUAGGAAGUUCUAUCUUGCUCUUCUUAGUGUUCAUUGCUACCAUAGUGUAUAUACUUGCAGUCAAUCCAACUGCACAAGCGUCUGGAUCAAUGUUCUACAAUCAGAUUUAUAUGUUAUGCAGCCAGUUUUAUGCACCUACGAGCAGUGCACUCUUUGUGAAUCAAUACUUGUAUCACUACUGCGUGGUGGAACCUCAAGAGGCUAUUGCUAUUGUAUUAGGCUUCCUGAUUGUCGCAGCUUUGGCCAUAAUCAUAUUCUUUGCAGUAAAGACCCGUAAUAAAAUAAAUCACUAUAGCAAAGUGAAUAUCCUCUGGGAUAAGGAAAAGAAUGAUGAUGAAGCUCCCAAUGUGGAAGAAUGGGUCAACAAGGUAAAUGCAGAACCAGCAGCACCCACACCAGUAGCUGACUAUCCAGAUCGAGUUGCUAGUCCCAAUGGUUACUCAGUAUCUGAGGCUUCUGCACCUCAGAUCUACAAUGGCAAUAACUACAGAGCUGGAACGAUACCUGAAGCUGCUGUUCCCUUAACAAAGGACCUAGGACAAUUUCAAUAUGCCAACACAAGCAGUUACAAUGGAUCAGCUAAAGAUCCAGAACAAAAAAGAACAGGAAGAAUAAAAAGAAGUAAUACUGACAACUAUGAUGGAGAUUAUACCACUGGAGGAGAGUCUUGUGAUGAACUGGAGGAGGAUUGGGAUAGAGAAUAUCCACCUGUAACAUCAGACCAGCAGAGGCAAACAUACAAACGAGACUUUGAUGCAGGACUGCAAGAGUAUAAGCGGUUGCAAGCAGAGCUUGAUGAGAUCAACAAAGAACUAUCUCGUCUCGAUAAAGAAUUAGAUGAUUACAUUGAGGACAGUGAAGAAUAUAAGGCAGCUGCUGAUGAGUACAACAGGUUGAAGGAUAUAAAAGCAUCAGUGGACUAUAAGACCCGAAAAUCACACUGCAAGAUGCUAAAGGGCAAACUGUCGCACAUCAAAAGGAUGGUCAGUGAUUAUGACCGACGAAAAUCAUAAUAGGAUGGAGGAAAAUUAGUUUGCUUGCUUAAAUAUUUUCAAAAUCCUGGACAGUGAGUAGUAACAGAGCAUUUUUGUUCAUGUUCACUUCACUCUUAUAAAAUGUCUGUCAUUUUUACUAUGAAGUAUGAACUUUGACACUCAGUAUAUGGGGUAUCUUACAGUUUCACUGAGUCAAGAAAUUUCACUAUUCUUUACAUCAGGUUUGCAUAUUGUUAUAUUAUGUCCUGGACAUUUUGUCCUUUGCCUUACCUAUUUCUAGCAACAAGAUCCAUCAUCUGCUUUUCUCAGUAUGUUGCAGUAUGUCUUAUUUUGAAAAGCAGUUGAUAAAUGUUACUUUGUGGCUUCCAAAUUCCUUUAAUACAUUCCUAAAGAUUUCUUGUCAAACUGUGUACUUUCACUUGCUGUCUGGCAUAAUGCCAGACUCUUUAAGUGAAAAUUUCAUUUUCCUUUCUUCCCUUGUUUUCAAAAUAGAGAAACCAUUUUUUAAAACUGGGUCAUGUGUAAAUAUCAAAUGAAUAGGAAUCAUAUUUUAAUUGUAUAAAGUGUUAAAAUGCAGCCAAUGUUAAUAAUCCAGUAUAUCAACAGUGACAAUGUGAAACUGAAUGUAAAUAUAUUUGCUUUUCUAAAUCUCAAUUUAUAUAUUUUAGACAUUUUUAUUGUACAAAUGUAAUCUUAAAUAACAAUAUUUUAAACUUUUAUGUUCUGUGUUUAUUGAAUAUGAAUUUCCUGUGAGUUGUGCCUUAAUGUGUAGGGCUUUAAUGUACACUUAGUGGGAGUAGAGGAGGCUAUUGUCUCAGUGGGGUUCCUCAGCCAUUACAGCUUUUCUUUUCAGCUUUAGAGAAGCUAUCCAUAAUUCUGAACGCUACAUAAGUUCACCAUCUUGGAGCACCAUGCAUAGUUCCUAUAAAGCUAAAAAGAGAUGCUGCAAUAGAUGAGGAUACCUGCUGAUAUCAGAAUCACCAACUUCCCCUGCCUAGGAGUAAGUCCCAUUGAAGUCAGUAUGGCUUACUUCUGAGAAGACAUAGAGGACUGAGUGGCAAGCAGUCAACUACAGUUAGCUUGACUCUUCUAAGUUGCCAAAAAAUCUAAACAAUUCUAUAGUAAAACAAAUUUGCUAUGGCCAAAGAAAAUAAAAAUAAAAGUAGAGUCAAAGUGUUUUUUUAACAGCAGUCCGGAUGUUCCUUUUAAAUGUUAUGCAUAACAUAAGCACAAAAUCAGGAAGAGGAAACAGUGAAAUCCUAACUUUGUACUUAAUGAGAUCGCAUGCUUUUGAGAUGAGCUUCUGUACUAAUUUAAUGUUGUCCAUGGGGUUGCGAGGACUCAGGCAUGACUUUGCAACUGAACAACAGCAACAACUAAUUUAAUAGCCAUCAAUACUGCUAGGCUGGGUGUUGCUUAGUGCCACCAUGGAAGCUGGAGAAGAUGAAAAAACAUUGCAAGUUCUGAAAUGAGUUUUCUUGGUGAUGUACAAUCUUCAAGAAAGCUGAAUGCAGAAAAUAUUUGGACAUCAAGAAUGAGCUGUAAGGAAGCUAAGGCGCAAGUGUUCCACAUCUCUUCUCCAAUAUGGCUACAAUGAAACGUUUUGAAAGUAUCACUUCCACUUUUGCUUAAUCAGUGCUGCUUCUGUUGUCAAAACUUACAAGCUGUGAUUAAUGUUAACUGUGGUUUGUUUGAAACAAGCCAACCUCAGCCCAUGGAAGAAGGGUCUCAAAUCAGCAUACCUUCCAUAAUUUAGUGGAAAGUUGCUACCAUUUUUUCUCUCUCCCAAAAAAUGCUUUCCCUUCUUGAUGCUUGCAUGUGUGUGGACCAGCCCAUAGAUGGAAACAGAUCCCUCCCUAUUUUGGGAUAAGUCAGGUGAUAAUGUCUGGCAAAGGACACCCAUAUAUAUGUAGGGCUCUACAUUCUGGACAUUAGGCUACAGCCAGCAUUACAUGAGUGGACUUCCACCCCCAUUGUGGGGUUUUUCCUUCUCCAGUUCCCUACUGUGCCCCUCCAGUUGCUCCAUAGCAUUUCCCCAUCCUCUGGAGCAGAUUUGGGGAAGAUUUCAGAAAAGCGUAAUCUGUUCCACUAGCGGAAAUCUUUCUGCUGUUGGAUUGACACUGUUGGGUGCAAUCCAGCGAGUUGGAUCCAGACUUCGGGAUAUAUCUGCCCCAUAGGAUUCUGGAUCGCCACCCUGUUUGUUUUGCAAGCAAGAUCCACUGCUUAUGCAACAGAGAUUUAGCACUUCAGGAAGCAACUGGAAAAUAGUGGAAAUAUUCAUUUCUGGAAGAGAGCAGCUCAGCAGAGCUUGAAUUCUGAGUUCCACUGAACUGACUUAAUCAAGAAAUGAGAAUUUUUACUCAUUUCAGGGCUUCCUGUAAGACAUGUUAAAUCCACAAGCUGCGGAUCCUGGUUGUACAACAGAACCUGAACAAGAAAGAUGUUAAGUAGUGGCCCUAUUAGAUACUGCCCUUAGAUAAACUUACAGCGUUCCCAGUGAAAUCACAGGGACUUAAGUUAAUUGGGUCUAGAAAGAGUGUCAUUGAUUUCAGUGGGUCUGUUUUAUAUUUGACUUUAUCUGGAUUCAACCCAAUGUUUGUAAGGCUUUCAAUAAAGUACAAAAGAAAUUCGAAUACUUUCCUAAUACUGAAUGCAGCUAGAAGAAUGAGAAUUGUGCUUUCAACGUCUAAUUGGAAUGACGGUUUUUGUUGUAUGAUACAGUGUCAAUAAAAUUAUUUCAACUUUUGUUUAUGCUUAAAUGUUAAUAAUUAUUAUUACAAUAGAUGUCUCUGAAUUUAUUUCCAUUAUUAAAACCUUCAGGUAACAAAUUAAUCUUUUGUGGACUAGAGUACGAUUGAGCAGGUUGAUCUGUUAUGUUCAUUGCCUAAGACUUUGCUUUUGAGAGUUUCCAUCUUCUAAGAUUAAACAGUUGGUGACCAGAGAGAGGGGCUUUUCAGCUGUGGCACAUCAUACCACUGCUUAGAGUAAAAUCAGUGUAGCUUCUUUUUUGGCACCAGGUAAAGGCUUU